GGCAAACCCCAUUAAUGAUCUUCGCAAACUACGCUGGUUGACUGAAACAAGAGCCGUCUCUCUACGAUGUCGCUAUUGAUCAAUUCGCACUAUGGACGCCUUCGUACAGCGGCUUCCACGCCCAAGAUCGCAGCCUUCUUCAAGAUCUCCAACGAGACCUUCGCCGCUCGGUGAGAGGCCCGCAAAGAAGGCCAAGGUCGAAAUCCAGGACAGCGAUUGUGACGAUGAUGAUAAGAUCAAGUCUGAAACCGAUGAGGCAGAUACCUCUGGCCUGACAGUCAAUGAUGUAUCUGACGCAGACGACGACGUCAAGCACCACACACGGCAGACUGACAUCGAGAGCACUUUGCCACCCAUCCAGUUGGACAAAGAGGCGAUCGAGGAAUAUGAGUUGAUGAGGAGCUCCCAAGUCAGCGCCCCUGAAGACGAAACAGCCGUCGCGCCUGAACGAAAGUGGGUAAGGGGGAAGAGCUCCAUCUACGUGGAUGCGUUUAACCUCGCCUUGGAUACUGUCUUGGCAGAUGAGUCCCAUUUGUUCGACGCCAAGGAGUGCAACGUAUUCGAGCAAUGGAAAUCGUUGGGCUACGAGGCCCAGUACCUAUAUGUGCGCUUGUUCUUGCGCAAGACUUCCGCCUGGCACCGUCAAGACCGGCUGGGAUACUAUAGCGAUGUUUCAGAUCCUGAAGCUGCCAUUGCGUCUCUGCAGAAAGUCAGAGAUCUUCCCGAGCCUGAUGCUCCCGCAUGCAGCAAUCCUGUCGAAGGCAUUGACCUGGAAGAGUUUAGUUUAGACGGCACUUUCACAUUUGCCGAUGCUUCUGAGGAACAUAUAACGACCAUCGAAGAGGCGUCUUCAUUGCUAAGCCUAGACGAACUAAAAGAUCUUGCUAAAGAGGCCAAAUUCCAGGGACGUAACAAAGCCGACUUGGUGAAAGCGCUAUGCCGAACAGGCUAUCAGCAGACCGGGCUCUUUGCUCAUGGGCUACAACGGUCUGGCAGCGGCGAGUCCCAGACUGCUCGAGGUCUAAUGCGAGAUCGCCACGAUACUCCACCACUUCUCAGCAGGCAAGACUCGAACCAGACGCAACACUUUCUAGAAAAGAUCAGGAUCAUCACAGGCCCUUGCAUCAGGCUAUCGCCACUGACAUAUAAACUCUUCGAGAGGGUACACCUGGUCUUCUACCGGUCGACAGAAUGGACUGAGAAGUCUCUGACGGCCAUUAUUCUUGCUAGCAUCGCACGCCGGAACUACCCAGAGUACAUUGUCUGCCGAAGUACGAACAUUUUUGCUUCUCGAAGACAUGUUCUCGAGUUCGAGUCAGCAGUUCGUGUCGAAGCCGAGGUCGAUCAGAUCCUGGAGUUCAAUGGCUCGCCGGGUGAGGCAGGUCUUCGCAAGGUUGUGGAUGUCUUCGAUCGUGUCUACCCUCGGUGGAAAACACUUUUAAGAGAAGAGCAAGACAAGGAAAAGCGAUUAUACGAAGAGGGUGAAGGCGCCUACUUGAGAAGGUUCACGCCUGUUCAUUCCUACACGCGCAUUGUCCACAAGGCAGCAUAUGUGUUUGGGAAGUUGAAGGAUUACGAACGCGAGCACUCUAUUCUCACCGAACUUCUCGACCAGCACCUAUUCCAUCCUGCUAGGCGAGGCAGCUGGUAUCAACGAAAGGCCCUCUUAGAGGAACACUACAUGUAUGCACUAGAUGCCAACGCAGUGUCUCCCGAUCCCGACAUCCAGAAGAAGCAUUGGAAACGAAUUGCAGCGACGACUUGCGAGACAGCGCUAGAGGACAAUGAGUGCCAUCUGAUCUACCAUUACGAUUUGCAGAAGCGUCUGCUCAAGCUCGAGAAGCAGCUCCGCAUUCCAAGACGACUUCAGCAUGAUUUUGGCCACGUUCGUCUCCAAAAGCCACUAGAGCAUACUGUUGAGGGCAUCCAGGUGAUCAAAGAAGAUCGCCAAGGCAGAAAUGGCCGACAAGCAAGUACGAAGACGAUUUGGAUCGAUGAGCUAGAGGAAGGUGGCGAAUGCAGCGUCGAAGAAAUGUGCCUAAGUUGGUACCGGAGCAAGGGCUAUAAGGGAUACCACGCUGAGGGAGGCAUCGUUCGCACACUUUUCGCCUAUCUUUUCUACGACAUUCUGUUCCUCUACAUCCCAAAUGUAUUUCAGACAGCUUAUCAGACUUGCCCCUUGGACCUCCAUACGGAUUCAUUCUAUCCGACGCGGCUGUCCGAGAUUAAUCACCGACUAGUCGAGAUAGGCAACGGCGGUGCGGAAACCAUCAUCCGCGAGGUCGACGCCAGAGAGCGCGAACGACGAACUUGUGUUAUCGGCCUCAACUGGGACUACGACAUUGAGGAUCUUGUGGAGCUGGUCGGGUGCUUCGAUGGUAGCGCACUGGCCGCUCUCUGCAAGGUGAUGGCACAGGAGUACCGACAGCGGGGCGGAGGCCUGCCCGACCUGAUCCUCUGGCGGACGGAGCCGAAAAAGGAAUGCAUGUUCGCUGAGGUCAAAAGCGCCAAUGACCGUCUCAGUGACACUCAGAGACUAUGGAUCCACGUUCUCACGGGUGCAGGUGUGAAGGUUGUCCUUUGUAACGCCGUGGCCAAGCAAGUCAAAAAUAUUGACUGAAGACGCCUUCGGAGUUCUCAAGGAUCCCUGCCUGUCGAAAGAUAUUUUGAUUCGCUCUUAUGGGUAUCCUCUCAGGAUAUUGCGUGGUGUUACAGGAAGCGGAGAUUGCUCUGAAAGCUCAGCGCUUCCCGAACCCGGGAGAUAUGGCAAUAUCUUCGACCAUGUUGGAUGCCGGUCCAUGAGCAAAACAUGCCAGCUUCGAGAUCAAGAUUCUUUGAAAUUGGAAAUGGCCCGCGGUGCCUGAUUCCUAUGCGCCGGAUCAGCCGAGCUCAUCUCAAGGGCGGGGAGCCGAAAUACGACAUAUGGCGAGGCCAAAAAUAGGAUUUUGAUCUUCAGCGAUCCGCAAUCACUUUGAACCCAUGGAAGCAAAGAACGACGAAAGAAGAUUAUGAAACGGCCGAGUCGCCACUAAAAGCUGCACCUAAGCUCUGUUCUGAUCACCGGUCAAGGAACUACAGCACCUCGAACAACCAAUCGCUUAUCCAUGAUUGGUGAUUUACAGUCCUGUUUCAAUCUGAUCAUUUGACAAACUGUCGAAAGACUUGGCUCCAGUUUCAGCAUUACUAGGGUCUUCAACUCGUGGCGCCGGGGGGAGGCUAAAUCUGGUAUCAGAUUUCGAGACAUCCAGUCAGAGGCGACAACCGACAGGCAGGGCUCGUUUUGGGUCGGAGAUUUUAUGAAUCACAUGCAGCCAAUCACGCAAAAUCGUCGAAGGUCGGUACUUUGGUUGACGAGGUUGAACGGAACCCUGCGUUGCACAGGGUCAUCGGAAGCCAGACAGGCAAUGAAAUCUCACAUUCUCACCGAGAUUGGAAGACGCAGCACCACAGGCACCCUUUCCCAAGGCUUGCAGCAGUCUCGAUCUUUGCCCCUCCUCGCGCUACUGAUGCUGCAUCUUCGGGGGUGGAGGUCGUCACACUCGCGGUUGGUCUGGCUUCUCGUUUACUGCGUGCGUGGGCUAAUGUGGUCCAGACAUGCGUCCUAAACAUGCUGCUAAUGUACGGGACGACGACUCCGUACGUAGUGCCAUUUCAUGCCUCUAUGAUCUAUCGACCUUCUUCACCGCCAGAUGACAGAAAUUGAUAGCAACCAACCAACAUGGGAUUCACUGUUCCCAGCAACAGAACAUUACCGGCAUCUUCCCUCGAGAGAGCGCAAACCCCCAUCUCAUUUUUUUCGUCUCUGCUCACUGCAGAACCAUCCUUGCCCAUUUUCGAACCAGAAGGCCAGAAGAUUCCAGCUCUGUGGGAGCAGCUUGACUUGCUACUGAGCUUACUGCGACGAGUGACUCUGCGUCAAGGGUCGAAAAAACAAAAGUCACAGACGCUUCGCCUGGCUCUGCCCACCAUGAUCCCCACACCAGCACGCCGGCGCUUAACUCCUCGACCAAUCCGCUGCCUCCCCGCCGACCGUUGGUGAUGGUCCUGACGGGAACCGGGACACCGCGGAACCCCUGUCAUUCCCGCCGUCGAACCAAUCAAGACCCCGGCCGUUCUGAGGACAGGCGCUUAGCAAAGUGAGGUGACUGGGGGCCCUCCACGGCUUCGCUCCGUACGCGACCACCCACCCCCAUGCAGUGCCCGGGAUGCUGGGUCGUACCAUGGCCGGAUCUGGCAAGGCGCCCCAGGCCGCUUUUGCUGGUCCUUUUCUCGACUUCUUUCUGACUGGACGUUUCGCCUGCCUGGUACUUUUCUUUGGCUUGACGACACGCCCUUGACUGCGUCUGAGCUGUUGACUAUGUCCCAUCGCGGGUUUCGAAACACAGUGUUCCUUGGAUCUCGACCGCGAACCUGCAAGAGAUGCUUUCUGGGACAAAAGCCAACUGAAAGAAAGGAAACAAAAUCACACACGCAAGACAUGCACACCUCGGAGUGUGCAUGUGUGUAUCUGUAUGAGUGUGAGGCAAUCAUGGACCUCAUCAGCCGUGGUCUAUUCCUCAAAGGGCGAUGAAAAGGUUAAGCGGACCACGGAGGAGUGGAGGGGGCCGUAAGGAACGAACUUGGGAAGACAUGGGUGCGCCUUUCUACACUUCAGUCAUCACCGCUUUGCCCAUCACGAGUGCAACACCAAGCCACGACUAGCAGCGGGAGGAGGAUGGUGACGCCCCGGCGCCAGCAACAUCAGCAGUGGCGGAGACAGGAGCAGCAUCUAUAGUGCUGUAAUGUGAUGCCCGCUCUCCGGCCGGAACUUGACGCAUCACCGCCGAACCGUCACCCCCCAUUCCAACCCCAUCUAGCCUACCUUCUGCCGGGUGGUUGCCCCCCUCCCCUCCGGUUCGAUUGCACCGCUUUCCAAGGUUUUCCCUCAUAUUGGAUCACUGAAGAUCGACGGCCAUUACAUCGAUCCCUCAUGGCAUCCCCCUGCUUGGCGUGGUUUCCCAUCUGAUGGGGAGGGGUAUACAACUCGGCUGUGAGAGAGAGAGCGUACCAAACCCAAAGUGUGACGGGAUAGUAUGGGUAUCAUGAGGUGAAGGGCAGGACAAGGCGGACGGGAUGGCAUCCCCCAUCACCUCAGCGGAAACCGAGGCGGGGGAAAGAAGGGUACAGCGGCCAGCCAGCUGAAAGUGAAGACAAACUACGGUCAGAUGGUCAAUUAUGACGCCCAGUCGCACGAUUGGGAGCAAAUAUUCAUUUAGUCAAUGUCCAAGAACGUGGUCACGGCUCUUUACUUGGAAUCACCAUACGUGGGUUCGCCAUACGUGGAUUCAACGCCAUAUCUGCGAGGAAAGGAAAUGGGACCUUGGAACAAGAUAUUUUUAACCUCUGAAGAUCAGAAGAAAUCUAACCCGUUUCCUCGUCAACUCCACCCGGCCGGCCAUCGCGGCCUCUUCUC